GCGGGCGGCAUGGGCGGCGCGUGGGCCCCGGGCCGGGCGCUGGCCGCGCUGCUGCUGACGGCGUCGGCGCUGAGCGCGGCGCUGCUGGUGCCCGGGGCGCCCCCGGAGCCGGACGCCGACGCCGCGCAGCCGAGAGAUGUAGACAAAAAAAAUCACAUAGAACUGAAGAUGGACCAAGCUUUGCUGCUUAUCCAGAAUGAACUGCCCAAGACAAAUCUGACCGUCUACUGGACUUCUGACCGUUGUUAUCAUUGCUUACCUCAGGUUCUGGCCAGUGUUUCCCGGAGUGGAAAACCUGGGAAGCUGAGCACUACAGCUGUUGCUGUGAGCACGCAACACAAAUCCAUUCUGCAACUUAAUGACACUUUGGAUGACAAAGAGCUUUGCAGGCUGGAAUAUGAAUUUGGAGAAUUUGGAAACUAUACUCUCCUGGUAACACAUGUCCAUAAUGAUGCCAGUGAAAUUGCUUGUGAUCUUCUUGUCAAUAAGAAUCCAAUUGAUAGCAAUCUUCCUGUGAGUAUUGCCUUCCUUAUUGGUCUAAUGCUCAUCAUUGUGAUAUCCUUGCUAAAGUUCUUACUCAGUUUGGAUGACUUUAAUAAUUGGAUUUCUAAGGCAAUGCAUUCUCGGGAAACUGAUCGGCUCAUCAAUUCUGAGCUAGGAGCUCCGAGCAGGACAGGCCCUCUUGGUGGUCAUGAUGCUCAAACAGAAACAUGGCCUUCGCCUGCAGCACGCCUCCGCUGUGUGGACACCUUCAGGGGAUUUGCUCUUAUCAUCAUGGUCUUCGUUAAUUAUGGAGGAGGAAAAUACUGGUAUUUCAAACAUGCAAGCUGGAAUGGACUAACAGUGGCUGACCUUGUGUUUCCUUGGUUUGUGUUUAUUAUGGGAACUUCGAUUUUUCUGUCCACGACUUCUGCAAUACGGCGGGGAUGUUCAAGACUCAAACUGUUUGGGAAAGUUGCAUGGAGGAGUUUCCUGUUAAUAUACAUAGGAAUUGUCAUUGUGAACCCCAAUUACUGCUUUGGUCCAUUGUCUUGGGAUAAGCUUCGAAUCCCUGGUGUGCUUCAGCGACUGGGCGUGACUUACUUUGUGGUUGCUGUGUUGGAACUCCUUUUUGCUAAAAAUCUGCCUGAUACUUGUGCUUUGGAUGGAAGAAUCUUGUCUCUUCGAUACCUCAUGUCUGACUGGCCCCAGUGGCUCAUCGUUCUGAUGCUGGAAAACAUGUGGCUGGGUCUAACCUUAUUGCUUCCAGUUCCUGGAUGCCCAACGGGUUAUCUUGGCCCAGGGGGCAUUGGAGAUUGGGGCAAGUUCCCCAAUUGUACUGGAGGAGCUGCCGGCUACAUUGACCGUGUACUUCUGGGAGAAGAUCACCUCUACCAGCAUCCUUCUUCAGCUGUGCUUUAUCGCACAGAGGUGCCCUUUGACCCAGAAGGAAUCCUUGGGACCAUCAACUCGAUCAUGACAGCAUAUUUAGGAGUUCAGGCAGGAAAAAUACUCUUUUAUUACAAGGACAGCACCAAAGACAUUCUCCUCAGAUUCGGUGCUUGGUGGUUUGCCUUAGGGCUUGUUUCUGUUAUCUUGACGAAAGCUACUGAAAAUGAAGGAUUUAUCCCAAUUAACAAAAAUCUCUGGUCCAUUUCCUAUGUAACCACUAUGAGCUCAUUUGCCUUCUUCAUCCUGUUCAUCCUGUAUCCUGUCGUGGAUCUAAAGGGACUGUGGACAGGAGCGCCAUUCAUUUACCCAGGAAUGAACUCUAUUCUGGUGUACGUUGGCCAUGAGGUGUUUGAAAGCUAUUUUCCCUUCCAAUGGAAAUUGGAGGACAGCCAGUCACACAGGGAGCACCUUACUCAAAACAUUGUUGCCACUGCUGUUUGGGUGCUCAUUGCCUAUGUCCUGUAUAAGAAGAAGGUUUUUUGGAAAAUUUGAUAGAUGCUGUUGAAAUGUGUUGCUGGAAGGCUGCUGGUUUUUGGGAGAACUCUGCAGCCUUCAUGAGACUUUCACUAUAACCUCCGUAGGAUGCUCAUUUCCAUAUGAUUGGGAAGACGUUGUCUCUGAUUGGUUAUGGUGACACAAUUUAUCAGUACUCUGUGUAUUUGAGACCUAUGUAUUUGAACAGUAAUUGUCUUUAUAUUCUAUUUCUCAUGUAAAUGAAUGCAUUAGAAUUUUAUUCCAAGGGACUUCUCAGUUACUUUUUCUAAAGGGAAUAUUUGAUGGAUAAAAUGGUCUAAGAUCUAAUUUCUUUUGAGCUUAUUUUCUUACAGUUUCUCUACAUGCUUAUGACAACCAAGAAAACCAUCAUUUUCAUAGUAGCUGACUUGUUGAAUGUGAUGUCUGUUAAUAUGUUCUUACGUUUUUUGAUUAUGUGCAGCUAUUUCAAAAACAUCUGAGCAAUUUUCUUUUCAGAUCCAUAAAGCAUUGAUGGGCUAAUCAAAAGCCUAUCUAAUAGAAAUCAUUUUCUCCCUUUUAUUCUUUGUGUAAAAACUUAAACUGCAAUGUAUUUAUGGUUAUGUUUACCCAGUCACUCUUACUUUAGUUAUUCACUGCUGUUAUUCUACAACUAUUGUUAUUUCGCUAGCAGUUCCUUAUCAGUCUGUCUUUGUAUGUUGAGUCGGUAGGCAAGAACCCAGGAGCAGAGAAGCAGUGGAUGGCUGGUGGCUCCCUGCCAUGUGAGCUGCUCAGCAAGUUUGGACCUUUCUGGGUAGAGGGACCAUUGCUAGCUCUUAGACUCAGUGAGGUGGGGUACAUCAGUGGUUUUCUGAAAUCGCCAGAAAUACUUUUACUAAAUCCUUCCCAAACAAAUGUUAAUGAAAAGUUGAAAAACUUAUUGGAAUAAAUCUCUUCAGAAUGACCUUCUACAAUGUGGAAGCGACUGCUCACACCUUAGAAAUGAAGGAAUAGUUAGUUUCUUGAGAGUGAAGAUGGAACAUAGAGCAACAGUGCUUUUCAAGUACUGCAUCUGUAAAUUUUCUGUGAGAAUACCCUAUUUUAGGACAACCUGACAAUACCAUCUUUGUCCCUCAGUGACUCCCUGACCCCACCUACCAAUACUGCAUGCCACUUUUCGAUACCUUUCCAGGCCCACCUCCUCUAUACCCUCGAUGCCUGCACAGUGCCAGCCUCUGACUUACCUCUCCUAUCUUCACUUCCCAUUUUCAAACCUCUUCCUCAGGUUUUCCUAGCUCUGUGAAAGGACCAUUCUGUUUCUAGGUAUGGAACCAUUGUUUCUUCACUCUUCUGACCUCCCCUAAGUGCCACCGUGAGUCACUGCCACAUUGUAAUUCUAACACUUCUGCUUUCUCUGACACCACCUGCUACUCUAGUUAAGCUUCUCUUCCUUCCUAAAUUGUUUUCCUUUUCUUAAUCUCUUCUUGUAGGAAGCAAUGAUUUCCACCAUGUUAAACUGUAUAAAGUAGACUUGGAUCAAAUCCUUUCAAAAAACAAAACAAAACAACAAAAAGAACCCCCCAAACCUUCCACUGAAAGUUGUCUGCAGACCUAACUAGUUCCAUUGAGCACAGCGAGUGCUCUAUUUCUUUCCUACCCUCUAUCCCACCUUGUUUAGUCCAGCCUAGUUACCAACAGUAUUCCGUACUACUUACACCACCCAGUUUACCACCAGCUGGUAGUCAGCAGGCUUCCUGGAUUACUUUUACUACUCUUCUACGUUAACCUGUCAUAAACCCUCCAUUUCUAAGCACUAUGUCUAAUCUCCUGUGCAUUCUCUGUAAUGUGAUUAUCUUCCUAUGGAUUUUCUAUUUAUACCAAAUUGCUCACUCUCUGCCUUGAUAGUUAUUUGUAUAUGUACCUAGAUUGUGAAUUAUGCCUUGUUUGUAUUUUUUCUGGUGUGAACAGUGCCUCUCACAACAGCAGGCACUAAAUAAAGAAUAAAGCAAAAACAA